UGUAUAUAAAGGCCAAUCAGAUAGCAAUCAACCUGCGCAAUACGAGGAUGAAGUUCUACGCUGUUGUUUCUCUGGUCAUAUUUGCGGCCCAUCUAGUAACCCCGGAACAUUUGGGUCACUCAAGGGUCACUCGAAGCAAGGUAGGACUCAUCAACUCGCGGAUUACCGACGGUCAGAAUGCUGUCGAGGGAGCUUAUCCUUAUCAAGUAUCUAUUUGGUGGGGAUUUCCGCCGGAAAUCAACUCCAGCCACAUUUGCGGUGGCGCAAUAAUAAACAGAGAAUGGAUCGUAACCGCGGGUCAUUGUCUCACUGACUUGCCAGAGUACGGAAGCCUGACAGUUUACGGUGGCAAAUACCUAAUCAACGUCAACGAGUCCACUCAGCAAUCGUCGAGUGUCAAAGAGCAGAUAGUACACCCUCUUUACCAAGGAGGCGAAAAUCCCAACGACAUCGCCCUGCUAAGGCUCACCACUCCCUUCAACUUCACCUCCGUAAUUUCCGCCAUAUCUCUACCUGCCCAAAACGCUACGCACACCGGAAAUGCGGUCGUCACCGGAUGGGGUUCCACAUCUUUCAACGAUACCAUCGUACUGCCAACCGUUCUGCAGACCGCUACCGUCCCUAUAAUCACCAACAGCGCGUGCUACUCAGCUCUGUACAGUCUGAUUGGCGUCACGCCGCUCGACGACACGAAUAUAUGCACCGGAUCUCCGAGCGGCUUGAACGUCACCUUCUGCGCGGGCGACUCUGGCGGUCCUCUUGCCCAGUUGAUAAGCGGCGUGUGGCAGCUCGUCGGCAUUAUUUCCUGGGGUAUUUUUCCCUGCGGUGUUUCCGGAAUGCCGUCUGUCUACGUUCGGGUUUCUAAUUACACCGACUGGAUCACCUCUGAAACCGCUUAUCCGAUACUUAUAUCAGAGAACGGGAAGUUGCUUGGUUGCCGACACUUCUACACAUGCCCGUAUGAAAUGGUAUAUAAAACGACGGUGAAACGUGGGAAGUUUGUCCAAAGCACGAUGAAAUUCGCCGCGAUCGCUUGUUUGGCUGUCCUCGCGACUGUAGCUGCCGUUGGUGAGGCCAACCCUACUUGGGCGCGGGCCUCCCCCGAGCACAACUUCCAGGGUGCUUAUCCCGAGCUCCACCACCUCUACGGCAACAGCCGCAUCGUAAACGGUCAGGAUGCCGUCCAGGGUGCCUACCCCUAUCAAGUGUCUCUCUGGUGGGGAUGGAGCAUCAUCAUUUCCGCCAGCCACAGCUGCGGUGGAUCCCUCAUCAGCGAGGAGUGGGUAGUCACCGCUGCUCACUGCUUCACCGAGCUCCCAAGCUUCGGUAGCACCACCGUCUAUGCCGGAAAGCACCUCAUCAACGUCGUCGAAAGCACUCAGCAGUCCAGUGCUGUCGGCCAGACCUUCAUUCACCCGUCUUACACUGGCGGUGUAGCACCUCACGACAUCGCUUUAAUCAAGCUCGCUAGCCCCUUCACCCUGAACGCCAAUGUAGCCACGAUCCGUCUGCCAGCUGCAGGAACCCUGCACGCCGGAGACGCGGUCCUCUCUGGAUGGGGAUCCGUUUCCCAGACCAUACUUCCGUCGAUGCCGAGCGUUUUGCAGACGGCCACCAUCCCCAUCGUUGACACCCAAGUGUGCUACGACGCCUUGUCCAGAUUCGUAGCCAACCCUCCUCUGGUGCCAACCGCCAUUGACAACGUCUGCACUGGACCCCUCGACAACUCGAGGAUCUCCGCCUGCUCCGGUGACUCCGGUGGUCCAUUGGCUCAAUUGGUCUCCGGAUCAUGGGAACUCGUCGGUAUUGUAUCCUGGGGACUUUCGCCAUGCGGAACUGUCGGCGCACCGUCUGUAUUCGUCCGUGCAUCUGCCUACAUUGACUGGAUCGAUGGAAUAAUAAGCAACUGAACAAUUACGGUUAGCUGAGAUCAGGAAAUACGUAAUUUUUCGAUGAAAGACCUAUCGCUUUUCUUUAACGGUGAUUUGUUACACUUAACUCGGUGAAAAUACAGAGCUGUUUGAAUACAACUCGUAAAGGACUAA